ACCAGUGAGUUUCAAUUACUACACAGAGAGCAAAAAUGGGUACCAAAGCUCUCCUUUUCUUUGCUCUCUUCUCCCUAUUAGCCAUUGCUUCAGUUGCAGACACUGAGUCAACCGAGUCAGACUCAGGCCUUAUUUUAAACUUCUACAGAGAUUCAUGCCCACAAGCUGAAGAUAUCAUUAAAGAACAAGUCAUGCUUCUUUACAAACGCCACAAGAACACUGCUUUCUCUUGGCUCAGAAACAUCUUCCAUGACUGUGGUGUUGAGUCAUGUGAUGCUUCAUUGCUUUUGGACUCAACAAGGAGAACACUGUCUGAGAAAGAGACAGACCGGAGCUUCGGACUUAGAAAUUUCAGGUAUCUUGAAACUAUCAAGGAAGCUUUGGAAAGGGAGUGUCCUGGAGUUGUAUCUUGUGCAGAUAUACUUGUACUUUCUGGAAGAGAUGGAAUUGUUGCGCUUGGAGGGCCAUACAUCCCACUAAAAACAGGAAGAAGAGAUGGCAGGAAGAGCAGAGCUGAUAUAUUGGAGCAAUACCUCCCAGAUCAUAAUGAAUCCAUGACUGUUGUUCUUGAAAGGUUCAAGAACAUCGGCAUCGACACCCCUGGUGUUGUUGCUUUACUAGGUUCUCAUAGCGUGGGUAGGACACACUGUGUGAAGUUGGUGCACCGUUUGUAUCCAGAGGUUGACCCGGUUCUUGACCCGGGUCAUGUUGAGCACAUGCUCCAUAAGUGUCCGGAUGCGAUCCCUGACCCCAAGGCAGUUCAGUAUGUGAGAAAUGACCGUGGUACCCCUAUGAAACUAGACAACAACUACUACAGAAACAUAUUGGACAACAAGGGUUUGUUGAUUGUGGAUCAUCAGUUAGCUACAGACAAGAGAACUAAACCAUAUGUGAAGAAAAUGGCAAAGAAUCAAGAUUAUUUCUUUAAGCAUUUUGGAAGAGCCAUUACUGUUCUUACUGAGAACAAUCCACUCACGGGUAAUGAAGGUGAGAUCAGAAAGCAAUGCAAUGUUGCCAACAAACGCCAUUGAAGAAUCCUUUCAUGAUGAUGGUGAUGAUGAUAUGGGGAAUAAUUAAGAAGAUAUGAUGAUGGUGUGAGCAUCAUGCUGGCUUCCAAUAUGUGUUAAAUGUAGGACAUGUUUAUGUUUUGAGGAAAGUGAAUGUUGUUGUUGAAUGGAUAGUGUAGAUAUGGGUGGAUGGAUGGAUGGAUGUUGGUGGAGUAUGAAUAUGCAUGAUGCAUGAUGCAUGAGAUGGUUGUUGAAUUAAAAGCUCUACAAUUAAUCUAAUGCUGUCUUUGUUUUUA